GGUAGUUUUUAACCUUUGGUGGUAUUAUAUACAUUUAGUGGCAAGUAACCUUAAACUCGAAAUAUUUAUAAAGACAAACGAUGCUACGAUGGCAAAUGUAGCAGAUAAUGAACUAAAUUUUCUUCCUUACAUUUACGACAUAAUUAAAAGCAUCGAUAGGGACUCCAGAGACGUUAACCAAAAGAUCAUAGAUUUUCGGAACCAGCUUCUGAAAGCCCGAGAAUGUGUUGAAAAGAUGCCUGGAAUACAAUACAGUCGUCAAGAUCAGAGAAAACAGAUCGAAAUCUUACAAAAACAGCUGACGCAGAAAACUCAUUUGAUCCAAAAAUACAAAUCACUCCAGCCUUUCCAAGAGCAAGUUGAAACGCCAAUGCAUCAGUAGACAUUGGUCCUGCUGCAUAAUUUUUGUGUUAUCAAGUUAAACUGUUUAUUACAGAAUCUGUUAAUUAUUUAUUAACAAACUAGGUGUUUUUAAGACAGCAUAACAUCCACUGAAUCAAAGACAUCUAUCGUGAAAUGGAAGAGCUACACCCCAUAUUUACCAAAGACCCAGAUGAUUGGAUGCAGUAUGUGUAUAAAAAGGUGAGCAUUCUCACAGACGAUGACGUUGAACAUGUUGGUCUUGUCUUCACAGUCGAUCCAGUCUCUGAAACGUUUGUGCUCGUGAACUUUGAAGACAGCAAAACCACGGUGGACCUCAUUACCAGCCACUGUAUCUCAGCCGUAAGAAUACUGAGCGAAGAUAUUGAGACGUACAAGUCACAGUUGGACACUCUUUUUCGACCAAAGAGUGAGAAAGAGUUGACAUUCGAGGAAAUGAAGCAACGACAGAACAUUGUAAGGAUGUGGCUUCUAAAGAACAGGUUGCCGGUGGAAAUUACUGGCGCCAACGAGGAGUUCUUGACCAUUGCUGAUGCUCUUGUUAUUCAGCCUCCGUACGGGGCAGGCAACUGUGUCAGCACGAAUGAAAUCAUCUUAGGCAAGAUUCAGGGUCUCAUUAAAAACAUGCCUGCUGACCAGCAAGAAUGGUAGAUUGCUGAGUGAAGUUUAUAAAGUUGGACUUUAGGUGUGAGUCUUUCAACUAAAGUUGUUGAACUCUGAAUUGAAGUAAUGGUGUGUCAAGCAUGUGAAGAUUGUACACAAAUACAUUUCAAUAGUCAUACGCUGAUUGGUAGUGUUAAGUUUUAUUGAGAAUAUCUGAGUGUAUGUGAGUUGUUUUGGAUAUGUGGACAUGGGCUUUAAGUUCCUUAUAACGUGAAGGUUGCACAUAAAGAAAGAGCUUGUUAUAAAAUGAAGAUGUGUAUCAUGUAUGCAGUGUAAGAAUCAUUUCAUUAAUUAUAUGUUAGACAUAUAUUUGGCUUUCAAGAAGUAACAAAGACAGUCUGCUUUAUUGCUAUUAAGGAACAGCGUUUAAACUUAGACUUUCAAGUUAUUAGAACUAGGUUCAAAAUUUUGUUCAAUCUAUUGUUAGUCAUUUUAUUUAACGUCAAAGUUGGGUACAAUUUUCUUGUUUAAGUGUGGCCCUAUGGUAAUUUUGAAAAAGUUCAUUUAUAGUGAACAAGAUGACUUCAAUCUCGCAAAUACUCUUGAUGUUGGAUAUAUCUGCAGUUGUAUUGUAAACACACACAUGUUUAUGCAAGUAGUCUGAAAAUUGUUGAAAUGCGAUUAGGAUAUUUCUGCCCAAAAAUUUAUCAAUUAACAGCAUAUUUGCUUAUCAUUUUGAAAUAAUAAUGAAAUUUAUAUGCAUGGAGAGAUAAAACAGUUUGCUUUACAUAAUAAAAUAAUUGUUAAAUUGAUCAUUAAGUCAAUAAGUGAGAGUGGUAUUGUUUUUUCUGCUUUUCUCCCAUUGAACUGAUAAGGAAUCGGUGGUUGUCAGGUUUGCUUCUUUUCUUUCAGUAACAACAAUCUUCAAUAACAAUACCUGUUGAUUGAAAAUUUUCUUAAUAUUAGUUUGUAGUGUUCUCCGUAUGUGUUGUAGAUAAUGUCCCAAAUAAAUGUGAAUACAACUUGAUUGAUUCCAUAAAAAAAAUAAACAUCUGUCUGUGCAUA